ACUACCUACUUCCCUGUUCUCACACUCUUUUUCCUCCUCUAGGGCCUCUCUCCUUCUGUAGUUUGUUUGUCUAGCCAUGGCUGAUUUCUCAUGCUUUUCUGAAAGCGAUGAAUCCACAGUCGAAGACAUCAUCUCACAAGCAAUGGAUCAAUGUGUUCUUGAACAGAUUGCAUCCAUCAAUUUAUCAGGUAUUUCAGACACUUCCCUUCCUACUGAUCUUGAAAGUCGUUUCUCCAAGCUCAAAUCAUUUCCAGGAACCAAUCGUAAACUAGAAAUCCCUCAAAACCCAGUUUCUAAAUCAGUAGAAGAUACACAAAGUUUAUCCCCAAAUCAAAAAAUUGGGUCUCCAUCAAAUCCAAAUCCUAGUUUUGGUCCUACUACUGAUAUCGAAAAGCGAUUUUCCAAACUCAAAUCAUUUCCAGGAACUAAUCCUAAGACUGAAAUCCCUCAAAGCCAAGUGUUAUCCCCAAAUAAAGAAAUUGCUUCUUCACCGUCAAUCUCAAAUCAGGUGAAAAAGAGUUCCAGUUUUGGUUCUAAACCUAAAUCAAAACAAGCGUUUAUUAGAUCUUGUUCUAGUUCUUCUGAUUCUUCUCGAGAAAAUUCAUCUUCAUCUUCAGCAAAGCAAAAUUGUUUCUUUUGGUGUUCUCCGAAAAAGAAAAAGAAGUUAAAAAAAGUGAUGAGAGAACAAGAGAAGAUUAAUAGAGAAGCGGAGAAAAUUGUCGAAUGGGCUAAACAAGCUUCUUCUAGGAUUGAAGUUUCUGAAAUUGAAGAUUUACUAACUGAUGAUGAUUUUGAUGGUGACUGUGGCAGGUUCAAGUGAUGAAAAAUGUUGGUAAUCUCUUAUAAUCAUUUUCUAUAUUAUGUGUUUCAGGGUUGCCAUGAAUCUAUUACAAUCAGCUUUCAUCUUGGUUUAUUGAAUUUGCAUAGAUAUAGAUAGAUGAAAUUAUAUACAUCGAUAUACAAAUGUUAUACUGUAAUAAGAACUAGUGUCAACAUGGGAAUCUCAUUCAGCAGUUCUACCAAUUUAAUCUUGAUAUUGUAGUUCU